AGCAUCUGCUAUUUUCUCUUCCUCUGCCUCCCCACUCUCUCAACUCCCCUCCACUUCAGUACUCCACCCUCCUCUGCUCUGAGCCGAAAGCACGAGAGCGGUUGUACAUCGAGCAAGCCGCGUCGGGAGAGCGGUUCUUGGCCAUGUCGUCCAGCGCGUCCGCCUCCGCCAUCGUCGCCGACAAGGUAAGCGGCCACCACGUACUCAAGAUCGAUGGCUUUUUAGGCAUGAUGGUCCUACCCAGCGGGGAGAGCGUCACGUCCUGCCCGUUCACCGUCGGAGACCAUCUCUGGCGAAUCAGUUGCUACCCCAAGGGGAAAGAUUUGUGGCACCGGGAGUUCAUAUCCCAGUUUGCUCUCAUCGGCGAAGAGCAGGCGAGCUUCUUCCGCAAGAAGAAUAAGCCAACAAAGGUCGCAUCACGUAUAGAGAAGUUUGCCAGCAAAGGUGAUUCUUGGCAAUGUCUAACGUUCAUCAAGAGGACAGCGUUGGUGAAAUCCAAGUACCUCAAGGACGACUCCUUCACAAUCAGGUGCGACAUCGUCGUCUUCAAGAAGUCCCGCGCCCAAGAGGGGGCGGCAGAGCCCGCCCCACCAAGGUCCGUCUCCGUGCCGCCAUCCGACCUGAGCCACCACCUCAGCGGCCUCCUCGAGACCAGGAAGGGCGCCGACGUGGUGUUCGAGGUCGCCGGCCACAAGUUCUCCGCGCACCGCUGGCUGCUCGCGGCCCGGUCGCCGGUCUUCAAUGCGGAGCUCUUUGGGGCAAUGAAGGAGAGCGACGUCGCCGCUGGCGUGGUCCGCAUCGGCGACAUGGAGGCGGGGGUGUUCGAGGCUUUCCUCGGCUUCAUGUACACCGACUCGCUGCCGGAGAUGGCAAAGAAGGAGGAAGACGCCAUGUACUAGCAUCUCCUUGUGGCCGCUGAUAGGUAUAACAUGGAGAGGCUCAAGUUGAUUUGCGAAGACAAGUUGUGCAAGAGAAUCGAUGCGAGCUCUGUGGCCAACGUGUUGGCGUUGGCUGAGCUUCACCACUGCCGUGAUCUCAAGGACGCGUGCUUCGAAUUCCUCGGCACUCCUGCAAAUCUCAGGGAGGCCAUGGCCACUGACGGCUUCGAGCAUCUGAGCACAAGCUGCCCUUCUGUUGUCAAGGAGCUGAUUGCCUUGUGCUCCGCACCUUAGUCCAGUCUCCAGUGAUACUGAUCGAUGGGCUCCUGUGUCUGAACUCUGCAGGGGAUGCCUGAACACACUUCUGAUAGUUGCUAGUAAGUGCUGGAUGCCGGAUGUUGUUCGAUCCUUUAAUUUUCUGCUUCGUGGUUGUGAUCUAAGUUUUUGCGUUGCGCGCUGGUUAUGUAACAUCUAGUGAAAAUGUUGUCGGUUAAACUCUAGAGUUGUCUGGCAUUCGCCCAGUAGUGUAGUAUCUAGCGACAAUGUUUUUAUUUCAUCUAGUUUGUUUUUGUUGCUCACCACAUGUGCCACAAGGUAU